UAGUCAACAGGUAACAAGUAGAGAGAGAGAGAGAGAGAGAGAGACAGACGGACAGACAGACAGACAGACAGACAGACGGAGGGAGGGAGAGAGAGAGAGAUACCCCAGGGGCAUAACUCAGACACUGAAAUAGUCAUCACCUUCCAAGGACCAGAACAGCACAAGUUGAAAAAGAGGCAAAAAAAUUACUUUCAGGUUAUCCUGACAGCAGGAAAGGACUGAGGACUCUAUUCAUACCUGUCCCCAAGGAGACGACAAGGACAGCCCAAGGACAGACGCACAGCAGCAUCAGGAGGAGGUGAGAGAGACUACAGACUAACUGACCAUGGCGUCAUUCGAACCUCAGGGUCAGUCUCCUCCUUGCUGUGGCCCCCAGUUCCCCAGCCUGGGCCAGGAACCUCCAGAACUCAGCAUGUACAGUGACUGCUACUACCCUCCUCCAUCGCUCCCCAGCCCCCAGCGCACCACCCCCACCUCCUAUGACUACAGCACCUCCUCCCCUAAUCCUUACCUGUGGUUCAACGGAUCCAGCAUCAACGCUCCCCCAUAUCUGGCCACCACUGGGCCCCCAGGAAACCCUGGGCCACCCUUCGUUCCCCAGCACUAUGGGAUGCAGAGGCCUUACCUGGGGCCUGGUGGGGCAGGGGUCCCUGGGGGGGAGCUGGGCUGGUUCUCUCUGCCCUCACAGGAAGACCUGAUGAAGCUGGUCCGCCCGCCCUACUCCUACUCCGCCCUCAUCGCCAUGGCGAUCCAUGGUGCCCCGGAGCGGAGGCUGACCUUGAGUCAGAUCUACCAGUACGUGGCCGAUAACUUCCCCUUCUACAACAAGAGUAAGGCUGGCUGGCAGAACUCCAUCAGGCACAACCUGUCACUCAACGACUGCUUUAAGAAGGUCCCCAGAGAUGAGGACGACCCUGGUAAGGGUAACUAUUGGACACUAGACCCAAACUGUGAGAAGAUGUUUGACAACGGAAACUUCCGUCGUAAAAGGAAGAGGAAGUCUGAUUCACUGUCUGGAGGAGAGGGGGGGUCAGGGGGGUCGGAGCCAGGUGAGCCAGGUCGGAGCCCCGAACCCCCCAACAACCACGGGAUCGACAUGUCUCCCACGCCAGAGAGAAUCCCCACCCCUUCAACCACAGGUCCCGCCCCUUGCUUGAGCAGCUUCCUGUCUGAGAUGUCUGGAGUGGUGUCAGGGGGAGCCAAUGAGAUCGUAGGAGAUUCGCUGAACCGGGCCCUCCCCAUUACCCUUACCCUGGAUGGGACCCAGAGGCCUACACAGCCUGGGGGUUUUGGUAGUUACUCCCCCAGCUCGGGUGCUUCGGAGUGGGCUUCCCAGCUGCCGCCUCCCCCUGGCCUCUCCUCCUCGCCCACCCACUCUUCCCUGGGUUACAGCAGCCCCAUCCUCAGCCAGUUCAAUGGGCAUUUCUACCCUGGCUUGGGCUCAGCAAGCAUCCUAUACCCACGGGAAGGCACAGAGGUCUGAACAGACUGAUAGACAGGGAGACAGGGAUGGGCAGAAGACAACUAGAGGUCUGAACAGACUGAUAGAGGGGGAGACAGGGAUGGGCAGAAGUUAGCUAGAGGUCUAAAGACACUAAAGAAAGGAGAGUGAGAAAGAGACUUCUACAUGAGACUGAACUGAACCGUCUGCUGACACACAUAUACACACACACACGGUAGUCAGUUAAAGCUGACAGGGCGGGACUCAGUUGCGUGUGACAGCAAGAUGAGCAGGGCCUGGUUCCCACGGAAACAGCCGAGUCAGCAUCGAUGAUGCUUCACGCAUACACGCAUGCACACACACACAUACACGCACACAAACACACGCACACACACCUGUUUAAUCAUCUAUAAUGGCUGACUGUCAUGACUGACAGUUUUAAUUUGUAUAUAUUUUUAUUGAAUGUGUUUAUUUUAUUGUUUAUAUCUGUUAUUUUAAUGUUUAUGUGUUUUUAUCUCUGAGUGCUUUGGGUCCAACAUAUUUGUUCAACAUUGUAGAAUAUUGUUUUGCUAUGAAUGGCUCAGACCUGGGUUCAAAUACAUGUGUUUUGUUAUUUGAAUACAUUUUGCUGUGUAUUUAAUUAUUUUCAAAUACACAGCUCAAAACAAGUAUUUUUAUUUGAGUAUUUGAAUGGUUAUUUGUAAAAAAAAAACAAAUAGUUGACCACAUUUAAUUUGAAAGUAUUUUCUAACAUUUAUUUAAAAUACUAUUUUUUUUAUUUUUAUAUCUGGGAUAUAUGCAUGGGAGUGUAUUCCCAAAUCAAUUCCAAUAUUCAACAACUUGUUUUUUCUAAUAAAUGUGAUCUGAAUACUUGUUUAGAAAUGACUUUGAAAAGUAUUUGAAAUACCUGAAAUAGUGUUUGGACCCAGGUCUGGUAUGGCUUAUACCAACAUUGGUCUGAUGGUUGUUUUUGAUAAGAAUAAUAAAAUACAGGAAAACGUUC